CUGUGCUCCGAUUGGUCGGCCCAGCUGACGGGCUCAUUGUACCCGGACAGCGGGGCUGAGAGGCCUCAGAGCCGGCAGCUCAGUCACUCUGAGGCCGGGGCUUGAAGCGAGGCCUCCCGGACACAGCCCAGUGCCACCCGCACACACACAGCCCAAAGCCCGAGCUCCGGCUCAGGCGUCGCUGCCUCUCCUUCCUUCCGCGGCCUCGGCCUCUCCUUCCCUUGUCCCCGCUGGGCGGGCGGGUGGUCCGGCGGCCCCGGGAGCCCGGCUCCGGCCCGGGUGGCCAUGGCUCACCAGCAGAGCAGCAGCUCCCAGAAGGCGCUGAUGUUGGAGCUGAAGAGCCUCCAGGAGGAGCCGGUCGAGGGUUUCCGCAUCACCCUGGUCGAUGAGUCCGACCUCUAUAACUGGGAGGUGGCGAUCUUCGGGCCACCCAACACUCACUAUGAGGGCGGCUACUUCAAGGCACAGCUUACGUUCCCCAUGGAUUAUCCGUACUCCCCACCAGCAUUCCGCUUCCUCACUAAGAUGUGGCAUCCGAAUAUCUAUGAGAACGGGGACGUGUGUAUUUCAAUUCUGCAUCCGCCAGUCGAUGACCCCCAGAGUGGAGAGCUCCCCUCUGAGAGAUGGAAUCCCACCCAGAAUGUCAGGACAAUUCUUCUCAGUGUCAUCUCGCUGCUGAAUGAGCCAAACACUUUUUCUCCCGCUAAUGUGGAUGCUUCAGUGAUGUUCCGGAAAUGGCGAGAUAGCAAAGGAAAGGAUCGAGAGUAUGCAGAGAUUAUUAGAAAACAGGUUUUAGCCACCAAGGCAGAAGCGGAUAAGGACGGUGUGAAGGUACCGACAACCCUGGCGGAAUACUGUGUCAAGACUAAAGCCCCACCACAUGACAAUAGUUCAGACUUGCUGUACGACGACUUGUAUGAUGACGAUAUGGAUGAUGAUGAAGAUGGCGAUGGUGAUUACUAUGACGAUGAUGAUGACUCAGGAAACGAGGAAUCAUGACCAACGCUGGGCGGGAGGGGGGUGACCAGCCAAUCCUCUUCCCCACCUCCCCACACUCUUUCUCUCCCCCCCCUACCCCCCUCCUUCCUCCAGGAGCCAACGGCUGCUCUUGCCCUGGGUCUGAGACCAAGCCCACAGUGUGAUAUUCAUCCUUACUCCCUCCCCCACUCCCCAGUAAAUGUAUUUGGAGCCUGUGUCACAUGAACACUGAUCUUCCAGAGUAAAGUGUUUCCUGGCUGGGAGGGGGAGAGGAGGGGGUUG